AUGACCAUCGACAUUCUGCUGGUCAUCCUCUCCCAAUUGUUCAUCUGUUCGCACCUCUCGACCGGCGAGGAUCUAUACGAAGGUAGCCCAUGCCUCAUGGAAAACGGCAACGAAGGGGUCUGUAAGAAGCUACCAGAAUGUCCGCCGAGGCUAAAGGAGGUGAAGAAUCACACGAGAGACUGGGGUUCGACGGGCAGAUGCGGAUUCGAUAAUUUCGUGGAGAUCGUUUGUUGCCCUCUGAACGUCAGUGAGAAGCUAUCGAAGAGACCGGCCGAGUCUGCUUGCGAGCAACAACGAUCAGACGAGGAGGUGUCGUUCCACAUAUACAAUGGAGUCGAGGCGCAAUCGAAGGAGUUUCCAUAUGUGGUCGCUCUUGGAUUCAACAACACCGAGGAGGAUGGUCCUUCAAUUGUAUACAGCUGCGGAGGUAGCUUGAUAAGCACAGAGCACGUGUUGACCGCGGCGCAUUGUGUGAGAAAUGCGAAAAAUCUGGUGCCGAUUGAAGUAAGAGUAGGUGAUGAAGACUUAAGCAGCACCGGGGGUAGCGUGCAACGUAUUCCAAUCAGCGAUAUAAUAAUCCAUCCGAAAUAUAGGAUCCGCACGGUGUACAAUGACGUGGCUAUUCUGAAGUUGAAAAAAAAAGUAGAGCUGUCGAAUACAGUUAAGCCUAUCUGCCUUCAAACCAGAUCCUUAAACACCAUAAACAUGACAUCGAACACAUCUUUGGUGGUCCUUGGAUGGGGUGCAACGAGUUUGGACAGCGAGGGCUCUAAUAGGCUGAUGAGGACGCCCAGCCUCAGUAUCGUGGGCAUAAAGGAAUGCAACAAGUCCUAUAGCGGAUUCUCUAUAUCCAGAUUGACCAAUGGCAUCGACGAUAACAUGAUCUGCGUGAUCGAUUCGGACAGUAACAGAUUAUCGGACAGCUGUCUCGGUGACAGCGGCGGUCCGUUAGUGAUGUUGGCCGAAAGCGGUGACAGUGUCAUCGGGAUCACAGCCUUCGGGUCGAGUUGCGGCAGUACGAUUCCGUCGAUUUACAUGGCGGUGCAUCGAUAUCUGGAUUGGAUCGAGGAGCACGUGUGGCCGAGCGUGAACAACGAACCAAAACCGAGAGAAUCGGACGUAUUCAAAUGGUCCUUUAAUCUGACGAUAACAUAAUCCGAUCCGUAAGAGUGAUAGUUUCACGUUCACGUGAGUGUGAUUGAAUUUGAAAUUGCGCGCGAAAUUGUUGGUAAUUGUGUGUAAUUGCUGGUA